AUGCCAAGUUUCCAGUGCCACUCACACUCAGCCAGAAGCAUCACUUACUUCUACCCCUCACAGACAAGGCCAUCCCCCAGCACUGUGCUCCCAAAAGCUGGGCACCCAAAGGAGAACGCCCAACCACACCCAGCAUCAGGCAGCAGCCACAGCAACAUGGACUUUAUUGAACGUCCCGGACCAGGGCAUUCAGGAAAGCAGUGGAAGCGCAGCAUCAGCCAGAGGCCUCUCCCAGCCCCCAACCCCAGCCUCCCCUGUGGCACCGCGCUGCCAGAGCUCUGUUACCAGUACAUUUGUCUGCUUCACUUGCGGGACAGUGCCCGGUCUGAGUUGCUCUGUGACUCAGUGCUCACCUGCCAUGCCCUGGUCCGGGACGUUCAUAAAGUCCAUGUGGACUUGGUGCUUGCUGCUGAUGCUGGGGUGCUGUGGUUGGGGUUCUCCUUUGGUGUUGCCAGCUUUGGGAGCACAGUGCUGGGGGGAGGGCCUUGUUGUGAGGGAAGUAGAGGCGUUUCUCCCUUCUCCUCUGCCUAUCACUUAGGCAGGGGGCGUGUCCAGCCUGCAGGAAUCUACCCUGGCAGAGGAAGGAUCCUCACCACCCACGUGCUAAGCCAACCGGGACAGCACGUGGAGAGCUAUGUCCUGGGCGUCUAG